AUGGAUGAUAACGCCUCCAACAUAAAAGAGGCAACUCAGAUGGUUUGGGCUGAGACAGGCUCAAUUGGGUGUGGAGUGAAGGUUUGUCCAAAGGACCCGUCUCAUAACGACAUGUUCAAGUAUGUUGUGGUGUGCCAUUAUAAGGAACCAGGAAACGUGAAGGGCUCUGAGAUUUACAAGGCAGGAAAGACCUGCUCUGCUUGCUCUUCUGGAUUGACUUGUGAGACUGCAACUGGAUUGUGUGUUUAA